ACCUUCGCUAUUUAGCUAUUGGGUACUGAUAAAGAGGUGUUAAAUUUUCCUCAUCCACCUUUGUUUUGUACCUUUGUGUUCCUUUUGUGUACCUUUUGUGGAUGGGCAUGGGUCCCAUUCACUUUGGACGACAAAAGCGGCUGAUUCAUAACCGAAGAGUCGCUGCAAGGCGGAAGAUCCACCAACCUCGAGGUUAAAGGCGCGCCAGGAAACCUCCUAGUUUUCAAAUUUGAGCCCAACUUAGCGAAUACCUUAGAAGUUCCCAAAAUUCGGCAGUGGACUUAGACAAUGGUAGGAUUAAAUUUAUGAACUCACGCAUGAGACACAUGUACCAUAGAUUGUGUGUAAGAACCAAGUUGAACUGUACAUUUCAGAAGUGUACUGUUAGUGAUGUGGAGCUUGUCAAACAGCGAAGAAAGUGGGUUUGAAAGAGGAAGUGACAAACCCUAAAUCAGGUCAGUUCAAUCUCCAGCCAUCACUGCAAUCAGUCGCACUCCCGUUCCAACUGCACUCAACCACACUCAAUCCUCGGCACCUAUUGGAAGAAUGCACCGAAGCAUGACAUCAGCUCCUUUGUAGGCAGGUGCGAUUUGGAUUUACUUUACUUGGGGUUGGGUGUUCGGUGAGUUACGGAGAAUCCAAGGCGACGUAUCAUCCACUGUGAAUGAGUUUGUGAGACUUCUGUUCCGUGUCUACUAUACAUGUCGGCUUUGGGAUGCUCAUCUUCGGCUGUUCUAAUCCUUUACUCUUCUUCGGUGAACUUCUCAAGUCGUAAACCUGUGGUCGUUGUUGCUAGAGCAGGUCGUUCUACGGUUUUCUCUUUGGGUUGUGAAAUACCCAUACUGGCCUCCAUUCACUGUAUCCCACCUCAAUUGUAUUGUACUUCUUCCAAUUUUUCAUGAUGAACGACCUCGAAAGCUUUGGAUUUAUCAGAGUCUUCCUGCAAUCAUCUUACUUCGGGCUACAAUUCUAGACGUCUAGUUGCUAGUAUGCAUCUUGUAGUGAUGGUUCUAGCGGCCACAUUAGUCAAGUUUAGAAAUGCUCACAAGCUUAUUGACGAAUUGUCUCAUACACGAGGAAUUUGCCAUGAUGGACAGAGAAUUGGUUACCUUGCUCUACACCGCCGGUAUACUCUUGGUGGUGACUCUGUGGUGCAUUUGGUACCACCACCCCAAAUAUGGCAAAAACAGGGGUCCGAAGGUUUACCCCUUGCUUGGUAGCUACUUAUCUCUACUGCACAACAAAAGUCGUAUCUUAGACUGGAUGGUGGAUUUGAUACGGGACUCGCCAACCAUGACCGUUCGGACCGUGCGUCCGGGGGGCAGGCAGUUUCACAUCACAGCAAAUCCCGCGAAUGUGGAGCACAUUUUGAAGACCAAUUUUGAGAAUUAUCCGAAGGGUGAGAAUUCCUACGCGAAUCUGCAUGAUUUGCUGGGAAAUGGUAUCUUCAAUAUUGAUGGGAAGAGUUGGAAGCUGCAACGCAAAGUUGCGAGCCAUGAAUUCACGACCCAGUCAUUGAAGAACUUCAUGGUGGGUGCGGUGCACGAUGAGCUGCGUGGGCGCUUCAUCCCAGUUCUUCAGGAGUGUUGCAACACGGGUAGGACUGUCGAUUUACAAGACCUCCUUGCCCGGUUCACUUUUGACACAAUUUGUAAGCUUGGCUUUGGUGUGGAUCCUGCAUGCCUGGAUUUGUGUUUUCCUUCAGUGAGGUUUGCCAAUGCUUUCGACACAGCGACCUCGAUCACCGCCAACCGAUUUAUCACCUUCGCGUCCGUUUGGAAGACAAUGCGCGCUCUCAAUGUCGGCUCUGAGAAGAAGCUCAGAGCAGCAGUUGCUGAUAUCGAUGACUUUGCAAUGUUUGUCAUUCAAAACCGCAGGAAGCAAGUUGCUGGGCAAUCCAAUCGCCAAACUGACAAUAGCUCCGAUGCUGAUGAUGCUGCACAUCUGGAUUUGCUGUCGAGAUUCAUGGGCCUCACUGCUGCAGACCAGGACAGGAGGGAUUUUGACACUCAAGACCCUUCUUGUGAUCAGAAUGAAGGUCCACAACUUGGCUAUUCUGAUGAGUUUCUCCGUGAUAUUGUGAUAAGUUUUAUCCUUGCUGGACGCGACACUUCCACCUCAAGUCUCACUUGGUUCUUUUGGAACCUCGAGCAUCAUCGCCAGGUUGAGGAUGCAAUUUGCAAGGAAGUAUCUGAAAUCCUGAAGAAUCGUUUAGUUGAAGACAAGGAUCAUAACAAACAUGUUCCAACUAGUUUUUUCUCAUUUGAGGAGCUCAAGAAAAUGCACUACUUGCAUGCAGCAGUGAGUGAAUCUUUGCGACUCUACCCACCAGUGCCGAUUGAAAUGAAGCUGGCGCAUAGUUCUGAUGAGUGGCCGGAUGGGACGAGAAUUGAUCCAAAUUCAACAAUCAUAUAUCAUCCUUACGCCAUGGGACGAAUGGAGCGAAUUUGGGGACCAGAUUGCAUGAAAUUCAAGCCUGAGCGAUGGCUCAAGGAUGGCGUCUUUGUGCAAGAGAGCCCCUACAAGCAUGCUGUCUUUCAGGCUGGUCCGCGCAUGUGCUUGGGGAGGGAGUUGGCCUUGAUGCAAAUAAAGAUGGUAGUCGCGGUUUUGUUGCAGAGGUUCAGGUUUUCUUCUCAGAAAGGUUUUACUCCUGAGUAUGACUUGAAUCUCACCUUGCCCAUGAAAAAUGGUUUUCCUGUAAGUGUACAGUCGAAGGUCCCUAUGUAAAUGUAGAUUUUUGGCUAGGAUUCUGUCAAGAAAAAAUGCUUGUUUCUGGUGCUACUUAGGAUUCUAUUUGCAAGUGAGUUCGCCAUGCACCAUGAGCUUGGGCAUUUUCGUUGUUAUUUGCUUACUAAAGGUGAGCUUCACGUACACCAUUGAAAUGACUGAAGGAGGGGAAAAGAUUAAACAUAUCGUGCAAGUAGCAAUGGAGAAGUUGCACGUCAAUCUCAAAUGACAUCCAGGUCUGGUUGUUUCUAUUCAAUCAAGUCCUACCCUUGAAAUAUCAACUGACAUGUGAUGAAUUUU